AUGAACACCCACCAGCCGACUUCCUCGGCCAUAAAUGGCGUCGAGUUUGGCUUCUUGACUACAAGCGAUAUCAAGUCGCUCUCGGUGAAGCGCAUCACGAACCCGACCACCUUCGAUACGCUGCUGCACCCGGUACCUGGCGGUCUGCACGACGCUGCCCUGGGCGCUUUCUUGGACAAUGCAUGCGGAACAUGCGGUCUCACCAGCUUCCAAGGCUGCCCCGGCCACUGCGGCCACAUCGAGCUCCCCGUACCCGUAUACCACCUCACGUUCAUGGACCAGCUGCUGCGACUGCUCCGGGGCAAGUGCGCAUAUUGCCACCAGCUCAAGCUCCCCCGUGUCCAAGUCAGCGAAUUCGUCUCCAAGCUGCGGUUGAUAAGAUGUGGACUAGUAAAGGAAGCAAACGAAAUGCACGAGCACAUCAGCAUGGAGAAGGGCAAGACGACAGAAGACGCCGGUAAUUCCGAAGAUGACGAUGAUGACGACAAUGCCGACAUCAUCACCCAGCGCAACAACUACGUAAAGCGCUGCAUGAAGAGGGCAGGCAUCACAAAGCACGAUGCGCGUGCUGUCCGCGACAAGAACGAGACCAUCUCCGAUGCGCGGCGACAAGUCAUCAAGGACUUCUAUGCCGAUCUGACCAAGCGGAAGGCCUGCGGCAGUUGCACGGGCAUCAGCCCAACGUACCGAAAGGACCGUGGCAUCAAGAUUUUCCGUAAGCCUCUGAGCGAAAAGGACAAGGCCAAGAUGGCUGCAAAAGAGAUGUCCUUCCAAAACCCUCUGGACAUCCUGGCUCGCAGAGAUGCGAAGGCGAAAAAGCAACAUGUACACGCGGAUGAGGGAGUCGCGGACCUGGAUCCCAACUCGAGCGAGGACGAGGGCAUCGAAAUGGAGGAUAUACAGCAGGCCGACGGGUCGCUCCUCGCUACAGAAUCCCGCAUGGCACGGAAAGCGAAGUCGUCAUCCGCUGUUUCAGAGAGUGCGCAAGAGUAUAUCAACGCGACAGAGGUCAAAGCAGCCAUGACCCUACUCUUCGAGAGCGAAACUGAGAUGAUGCGACUUCUGUACAGCCCUCACGGAACCAAGUCUCUCGUGGACGUAAACCCCGACAUGUUCUUCACACAGGCCAUCGUCGUACCACCCAACAAAUACAGACCCGAAGAUAAGACGGGCGACUCUAUUGCCGAAUCCGCCAGGAACAAGCUCUACAAGAGCAUUCUCGAAGCAUGUGACACGAUCCGUCAGAUUAGCCAGGAGAUGCGAGGCAUGGAGAACGAGCUCGGAUACCGGAAACGUAACUUCGACGACAUGCAGACCCAAUUUGUCAACCUCCAGGGUGCCGUGAACGCCCUCAUCGAUCGCGAUGCAAACCCCGUGCAAGGCCGCGCUGCAGUCACAAACGCCGAUGGUAUCAAGCAGGGUCUGGAAAAGAAGGAGGGUCUCUUCCGAAAGAACAUGAUGGGCAAGCGUGUCAACUUCGCCGCGCGCAGUGUUAUUUCGCCUGACCCGAACAUCGAGACCAACGAGAUCGGUGUCCCUCCAGUGUUCGCCAUGAAACUUACAUACCCAGAGCCUGUCACGAACCACAACUUUUACGAUCUUAAGGAAGCUGUCCUGAACGGUCCCGACAAGUGGCCAGGAGCGCAUGCCAUCGAAAACGAGUUUGGACAAGUUGUGUCACUGAAGAAGAAGAACUACGAAGAGCGACUAGCUUUGGCCAACCAACUGCUUGCACCCACAAAUUCAUACUCCAAUGGAGCUCGGAAUAAGAAGGUGCAUCGUCAUCUGAACAACGGCGAUGUUGUUAUCAUGAACCGACAGCCGACACUGCACAAGCCGUCAAUGAUGGCACAUCGCGCCCGUGUAUUACCGGGAGAGAAGACCAUUCGCAUGCACUACGCCAACUGUAACACGUACAAUGCCGAUUUUGACGGUGACGAGAUGAACAUGCAUUUCCCCCAAAACGAGCUUGCCAGAGCGGAGGCUAUGACGGUAGCGGAUACCGAUCAUCAAUACCUAUCUGCGACUGCUGGAAAGCCUCUGCGUGGUUUGAUUCAAGAUCAUAUCUCCAUGGGAGUCUGGCUUUCGAACAAGGACACAUUCUUCACAAGAGAAGAGUACCAUCAACUACUCUACUCUUGCCUGCGACCGGAAGACGGCCAUACCACCUCAGGUAGACUUGAGACAGUUAACCCUGCUAUCAUGAAGCCUAGGCCGAUGUGGACGGGAAAGCAAAUCAUCACUACUGUCUUGAAGAACAUCAAGCCCGCAGAAUACCAGGAACUGACGCUCACAUCCAAAUCGUCAACAAACGGCAAACUCUGGGGUGUUCACGUCGAGGAGCAGUUCGUCAUUGUCAAAGAUGGCCAACUGCUUUCCGGUAUCAUGGACAAGGGUCAAAUCGGACCUGCCGCGGGUGGUCUCAUCAAUGGCAUCUACGAGGCUUAUGGAGAGACGAUUGCUGGUCGAGCCCUCAGUAUCAUCGGACGGCUGCUUACCAAGAUGCUUCACAUGCGCGCCUUCUCUUGCGGUGUUCAGGAUCUAAUUCUCACAGAGGAGGGAGAUCGUGCUAGGCUGGAAGAGCUCCGUAAAGCGGAGAAGGUUGGGUUCGAGGUCGCCUCCAAGUACGUCACCAUGGACGCGGAGAAGAUUGACCCUAUGAACCCAGAACUACGGCGACGACUUGAAUCCGUGCUACGAGACGACACCAAGCAGCACGGUCUGGAUCUACUCACCAACACUGCUAACGGCAAGAUUUCCUCGGCGGUCACCUCAGCCUGUCUGCCCGAUAAGCUCAUCAAACCAUUCCCCAAGAACCAAAUGCAAGCCAUGACAGGCUCUGGAGCUAAGGGUAGUAUGGUCAACGCUAACCAGAUUUCAUGUAAUCUUGGCCAACAAGUUCUGGAGGGCCGAAGAGUUCCAGUCAUGAUUUCUGGAAAGACACUGCCGUGCUUCAAGCCCUUCGAGACGAGCGUACGCGCUGGUGGUUAUAUCGUCAACCGUUUCUUGACUGGUAUCCGGCCGCAAGAGUACUACUUCCACAUGAUGGCUGGUAGAGAAGGUCUUAUCGACACUGCUGUCAAGACUUCGCGCUCCGGUUAUCUGCAAAGAUGUAUCAUCAAGGGUAUGGAAGGUCUCAAGGUCGAAUACGACACCUCUGUCCGCGACUCAGAUGGUACCAUGGUCCAGUUCCUGUACGGUGAAGAUGGUCUCGACACAACCAAGCAGAAGUACCUCAACGACUUCAAGUUCCAGGCGGAGAACUUCUACUCGCUAGCCCAAUCGCUCCACACUGCUGAAGCCUACCCGAAGGUUUCUAGUGCUGAAGCGGUUGAACACAACAAGAAGGCAGCGAAGAAGGCUAGAAAGGGUGAUGUUGCCGCAAUGGACCCUGUCACUGCCGUUUACACGCCAUCAAGGCAUAGUGGCAGUACUUCGGAACUGUUCUUACAGGCUAAGCGAGAGUACUGUGACCAAAACCCCGACAAGCUUCUCAAGAACAAGAAGAAGGACGAAGAGGGCGAGAUUCUCAAGCGUACCUUUGAGCAAAUGCUUGACCUCAAGUACCUGCGGUCCCUGGUCGAGCCUGGCGAGGCUGUCGGUGUCGUUGCUGGCCAAUCUAUUGGUGAACCCUCAACACAGAUGACGCUGAACACUUUCCAUUUGGCUGGUCACUCCGCGAAGAACGUCACACUCGGUAUUCCCCGUCUACGAGAAAUCGUCAUGACUGCUAGUGCGAACAUCUCCACCCCGUCGAUGCAACUAUAUCCCCAUCCCGAGCUUUCCAAAUCAGACAACGACAAAUUCGCCAAGAGUAUCAGUCGUCUGCCACUCUCGGCUGUGCUCGACAAGGUCACUGUGACUGAGACCACUGGUCCCGGUCGUGAACAUAGUCAGGCCAGGAGCUACAAGAUUCGCCUGGACUUCUACCCGGCGAAGGAGUACACCAAGGAGUACGCUAUCAAGGUUCGCGACGUUGCCGAGUCCAUCGAGCAGAAGUUCUGCCCGCGUCUCCAGAAGAUCGUCAAGGCCGACCUCAAGAAGAAGGCUGCGAACAAAUCCUUGUCAACGGCGAAGUCGGCUGCCAUCCCUACUAUCGGCGAGAAGACUGGCAGAAGCGGAGAGCAAACAGUCGACGAGUCAGAGGAGACCUUCCGCGCGGGACGGGAAGGCGGUGCAGAGGACGAUGAUAGUGACGAUGGCGAGGGCGACAACGACACUACUCACGCCAAGGACCGAGGCCGACGUGAAGACAGCGUAGCUUACGAAGAGCCAGAAGAAGAGGAGCAAGCAGCCAACGACAACCUUGAUCGAGAAGACGAGGUCAACGACGAGGAUGAGACCUACGGUGGCAGCCCCAAGCCCUCGCGCGCAGCUACCCCGGAACUCAACUCUGACGACGAGGACGAGGGUACACUCGUACCCACUGACGAAUCCUCGGACAUCCGCCACGACCGCGUCUGCCACAACAACGAUCACAUCCACGACUUCACCUUCGACGACCGCAAGGGAGCUUUCUGCGAGAUCACGUUUGAGUUCGAGACAUCGACUCCCAAGCUGCUCAUGCUGCACCACGUAGAAGACGCUGCCAACUUCGCCACCAUCCACGUCAUCCCCGGUAUCACAGCCGCUCAAUACUCAGAUGCAGAUGGUGUUAUCAACACCGAAGGUUCCAACCUCCUCGCCAUGCGCGAGUACGCCCACAUCAUCGAUGUGAACCGCACCAUGACCAACGAUAUCGUAGCCAUGCUGCACCUCUACGGUGUCGAAGCCGCCCGCGCGACCAUCGUCAAAGAAAUGCACGGCGUCUUCUCCGGUCACGGUAUCUCCGUCGACCAACGCCAUCUCAACCUCAUCGCCGACACCAUGACCAAGGGCGGUGGCUUCACACCCUUCAACCGCAUCGGCAUGAAGGGUAACGUCAGUCCCUUCAUGAAGAUGAGUUUCGAAACCACCGUCGGUUUCCUCAAGGACGCUGUCAUGGAGCGCGACUGGGACGAGCUCAAGAACCCCAGCGCACGCAUUGUCGUUGGUAGACUGGGUGGUAUCGGUACGGGUGCGUUUGACGUGCUUGCACCGGUCAAGAUUAGGGAUCCGCUCAAGAACGUCGCGGAGGAGGUCAACGAAGCUAUCUCCAACGGUAUCCGUGAGAAGCGCGAUUCAGACUCUGAGUCUGAGGAUGAGGAAGAAGAGGAGGAGGAUGAGGACGUCGAUGGCGAUGUUCAGAUGGAUGACGUGGAGAUGCAGGAUGUGGAUGCUGUUGAGGAGGUGGAAGAGGUCGUGCAAGAGUCGCCGAAGAAGAAGGAGAAGAAGAGUAAGAAGCAUAGGCGGAGUAGCGAUUAG